GCUAGAGAAUCUGCUGAUUAUAACUUACUUAUUCACAUGUAAAACAGUGGUUUUUCUCUCCUGGUUACCCUGGCUAAAGUUGCAAUUCCAACUUUUAAUUAUAAUCAUUAAGUGAACACUGUAUUGAUAAGGCUACAGCUGAUUAUCGCAUUCAUCCGACCGAAGAGAUUGUAAUAAAUCACUGCCACAAGUCAAACUCCAAGUUAUAUUUUAACAAAAAGCAUAUACGCCGGGGUUUAGGUGAUGUCUGAAACCAAAUAAGUGUUGGAUCUACAUAAUCUGAAAAACGGACAGCUAACGUCAUCUUCAGGAAGUAAAUAUGAGCGAGAGUAAUGUGGUUUCUUAUAAUAAUACAUUUUUCAACUCUCUCGUGGCAGGCGGUGUAGCUGGAGUUGUUGUUGACAUCGCUCUCUUUCCUAUAGAUACUGUAAAAACUCGUUUGCAAAGUGAAUUAGGUUUUAUACGCGCUGGAGGUUUUCGCGGAAUAUACAAAGGAUUAGCCCCAGCUGCUGCUGGCAGUGCUCCAACCGCAGCACUGUUCUUUUGUAGCUAUGAGAGUUUCAAGCGUUAUUUAAGCAGUGCCACUGGUGCCGUGAAUUCUCCAUAUAUACACAUGGCCUCCGCAUCUUGCGCAGAAGUUUUGGCUUGUCUUAUUCGUGUACCAGUUGAAAUUGCCAAGCAGAGAAGACAAACUUUAGGCAACACACAGAAAACUACUGCCCUACAAAUUCUUUGGCGUGCAUAUAAAAUGGAGGGGCUGAAAAGGGGCAUCUAUCGUGGGUUUGGUACGACAGUCAUGCGUGAAAUACCAUUCAGCUUAAUACAAUUUCCGCUAUGGGAGUACUUUAAAUUACAUUGGACUGAUGUAACUGGCAUUGAAUCGUCUCCCUUUACUGUUGCAUUGUGCGGUGCAAUGGCGGGUGGCAUUGCAGCCGGCCUCACCACUCCAUUGGAUGUUGCGAAGACCCGUAUUAUGCUUGCUGAACAAGGUACUGCAACGAAGAAGUUAAGUCCACGUAUUGUACUAACGAACGUUUAUAGAGAACGUGGUCUGGCGGGUAUUUUCGCAGGUUUAGCCCCACGAGUGCUGUGGAUAACAUUAGGUGGUGCCUUUUUCUUUGGUUUUUAUGACCUUACUUCCAGAUUAUUAGGUGGUAAUACUUCGACUGAUAACGCAAAUAUUUAGCAUGUAAGUUACAGACAAGGAGUUUCAGGCAAUAUCAUAGUACAUGAAUAAACGAAAAUCAAUCCCAGUAGUAAUAUUUGUACAAAUUACACACUCAAUAAAAAUAUUUAUUUCAUUAAAGCAAAUCGAUUUAUUGAUUAAA